GAGCUUUUCACUUGGCAAGAGUCAACGGCAGAUGGUUUAUUCACAUAAAUGGCGAGUUUUUUCACCAGAGUCCCGAAGAUAUCGAAAAUCGGAAAGACUCUAGUCGAGCACAAAAAGAAGACCAUCUUCGCUGGAUUCCUGCUUUAUCUCGGCGGCAAGUAUGCGGCGACUUGGCACAUGAACAGCAAAAUACGCACGGCUUAUGCACGACAAGCCCGUUUAUUUGGACAUCAGCCUAUAUCAGCUGAGGACAGACCUCGUCGAGUGCUGGUACUUGCAAAUGUAUCGGCGAAUGAGCGUAGUAGCUACGAUGAAUUCACGAAAAACGCCUUGCCGUUGAUGCAUCUCGCCGGUCUACAAGUUGACAUACUCAAGGCCGAUAACGAGAGCCAAUUGGAAGCGCUUGCUGCUGCUGUAGAUUCGCAAGAAGCUGAUGCUGUCUACGUCGUUGGCGGUGACGGGACACUAGGGACGGUCGUGACAGGAAUAUUACGGAAUAGAGAAAAUCCUGCGCUUCCUAUCGGUGUAUUCCCUGGCGGCUAUGAUAAUCUUUCCUUGAAACGACUAGCUCCGACUGUGUUUGAAUCUUCCGAUGAUGUACGAAGAAUGUGUGAGAGCGCUAUGGCCCUGAUUGAGAAUCAGAUACGUACUGUCAGAGCUUUUGAGUUCAGCGUGGAGGGUGAGGAAAACGCAGAUGCCAAACCCAUAUACAGUGUUGGCGAUGUCGGAGCUGGCUGGUUCCGUCAUAUCGAAGAACGACGACGUAAGUUAUGGUACUUUGGCGCCCUGAAGCGACGAUGGGCGUACAUCUGGGAGAUGAUGAAACGCUCACCGAUCGAUAUGGAAGCUAAAAUGCUUUACGAAGAAGCCUGUACAGGCUGCCGACGAUGCCGUCCUCCUGUAGUUUUUGAGCCACCUGCAUGGCGAUGGUGGCAUAUUCUCACAGGCCCACCACGAUAUCAGGAACCGGAAGCGACGAAAGACUAUUCUAAUGUUGUAAAUGAGAAGUGUGGGCAAGUGAAUGAAGUAGAUCUGAAAGGCACCGAUCUGUUGAUAGAAAAUAAUUUGCAAGAGGAUUCAUCUUGCCUACGUGUACGUAUGGGAGGAACGGAAGCUGGUCGAAGUGGUGUAAUUGCGGAUGGCUGGAAGCGAUGUUCAGCAAAUCGCGUAGGAACUAGUAACAAUGACGAAUUCUAUACCACUGACCUACUAGCGAAAGCAAUAACCCUCACUUUCGUCAAAAUACCAGAAUUCAUUCAUAGACUCUACGUGUCAAGUGAUCGAUUAGAUGAGAAAUUGGAUGGUAAAAAAAUCAACAUCAAAAGUACAGACCGAAAACUUGAGAUGUAUUUGCCGAAUGCGAUCCGUUUCGAUAUCGAUUCUCUAUAGGAGUCGCUUUUUCUGCAAUUAAUAAAUAGAGUUUAGUUUUGCUGAGUAUGGAGACUGUUGGCCAGUCAUCAGCAUGCGAUAGUUUAUUGUAGCCUUUAAUUUCAGCUAAUCAUAGGUUUUGGUAAUUUUUCUAAACGCAGUCAGGUUCUGUUGUAAUACGAGGUUGUCUAUGAAUAAGCCUAAUGCAUUUUGUCAAGCUCUUAAAAAUAUUGGUUAUGAAAUUUUGAAUUUUUAGCAAGGAAAUUUUUCAAUUGGCCUGCAGUCAUUGCUCAUUUGCAUUCUUUCGUCUCCGUUUUUAUAGGAUGAUUUUGUGCUAUGUGGUUACUGUUUGAUUUCU